UAGGACAGAUCUAUCCAUCAAGAUGUCGUAUAGGAAAAUCAGAUUCAAAUAAAAAUAUCGAAAAAAAAAAAAAAUCGUUCAUGAUUCAUGGCGUAGCGGCGACAUGAAUUGUCUCAAAUCUCUAACCCUCCCGUAAAUCAGAUUCUAGCUUCGCUGUUGUAGUUGUAAUUGCAGUGGAACCCUCUUAUUAAUCUUCAGAAUCCACGAAAACCUUGUAGCAGUCGAAAGGAUUAUUCGAGAAAGAGGAGUUACUGAAGAAUCAAGAAAAACCCUCGUGUUUUGCAGAUGAAAUGGUGUUGAGAUCUGCAGUUUCUUCCCUUUCUUCAUUGUGUUGCUUCCACCGUCCUGCCACAACGAGUAUUAUCUCUCUACGAUUACUUCAUUCUUUUUAUGAGGAUUUAGCUGGAGUCAAUGUACUUGAUUCUGAAAUUAAACAGGAUUCUAACUCUGGUCGUCGUGAUCAGGUCAUCAAUUUUGAAGCUUUUGUGACUGAUUUGUGUCAGUCAAGUUAUGUCUGUUAUGAAGAUGCAUUGGGUUUGUUUAAUCAAAUGGUUGAGUUACGGCCAACGCCAUCGAUUUAUACGUUUAAUCUUGUUUUAAAAGCAAUUUACAGUAGUAAGCAAUACCCGACCGUGGUUUCUCUGUAUAGGAAGAUGGUUUCGAUCGGAAUCACGCCGGAUAAGUACACACUCACAGUUCUGCUUCACUGCUAUUGCCAUUUGAAUUUUGUUGAUAUGGGUUUUGCAGUUUUCGGAUGUAGGCUGAAAUGGGGUUAUGCUCCUGACACUGUAAUUUUUACGUCUCUGAUUAAGGGUCUCUGUAGUGGUGGCAGGAUGGUUGACGCAACUAGAUUGCUUGAGUGGAUGAGAGAGUUGGGUUGCCCACCUGAUGUAAUUACAUAUGGAUUUGUCAUUAACGGGUUUUGCCGAUCCGCAAAGACAGCUAUGGCUCUUGGGUUACUUAGGGAAAUGGAGCAGCUUGGAUGCAAACCAAAUGUGAUCGCCUACAACAUGGUUGUUGACCGUCUAUCGAAAGAUGGAUCAGUGAAUGUGGCAAUGGGGCUGUUACAAGAAAUGACACACAAAAGUAUUUCGCCGGAUGUCACUACUUACAGUUCUCUCAUUCAUGGUUUAUGCUUAUCAGGCAAUCAUAAGGAGGCCACUAGAUUGUUCUAUCGAAUGAUGCGUCAAGGAAUUCUACCUAAUGUGAUUACAUAUAACGUAUUGAUGCAUGCUCUCUGCAAGGAAGGGAUGGCACGAGAAGGGCAUGGCCUGUUGUUCGUGAUGAUUCGAAAAGGGGAAAUGCCCAAUAAGGAAUCUUAUAACACCUUGAUGGUUGGGUAUUGCUCAGUAGGUAAGGUAGAUGUUGCUGUCAAGCUUUUUGAUUCCUUGGUGACUAAGGAUUUUGAGUUGGAUGUUGUCAGCUAUAAUGCAUUAAUUAGUGGGUUUUGCUGUAGUGGGAGAAUAAAUGAAGCUGUGAAGUUGUUUGAGAAAAUGCUUCGCAAGGGAUUGGAGCCCACUGCUAUCCAUUACACCACUCUAAUGCAUGGAUUUUUUGAAGUUGGUAGAGUUGAGGAAGCACAGGCUCUUUUCAAUGAGAUGGUAGAUAAAGGGAUUUCUCCAGAUAUUGUCACUUAUAAUUCCUUAGUUCAUGGUCUUUGUGAUCUGGGUUCUAUGAAGAAAGGUAAAGAGUUUCUGCAUGACAUGGUUGAUAAAGGAAUUUCUCCAAAUGUUGUCACUUAUAGUUCUCUCAUACAUGGUUACUGCAAUUUGGGACAGUUGCAAGAAGCAAGUAGAGUUUUUGGUGAAAUGGUGGAUAAAAAAAUCCUUCCUGAUGUCUUGACAUUUAACAUAUUGAUGACUGGCCUCUGUAAGGAAAGGAAGACUAAAGAAGCACGCAGGCUGUUUCAAAUGAUGAUACAAAGAGGCAAUGAACCUGAUAGAGUUACAUACCAUAUAUUGAUAGAUGGAUAUUUUUUGGCUGGUGAAAUAGAUGAUGCCAUAAUUCUCUUUGAUUCCAUGUUGGCAAGAGGGCUUACUCAUGAUGUUAUCAGCUAUACUACAUUGAUAGGUGGCUAUUGUAAGAAUAGAAGAAUAGACAAGGCUGUACGUGUUUUCAAGGAAAUGUCCCAAAAAGGACUGAAAGCUACAGUUGUCACCUACAGUACUCUGCUUGGUGGAUUGUGCCAGUCUGGUAGGGUUGAGGCUGCACGUAAUCUCUUGAAUGAGAUGGUGAGUCAAGGGAUUUCUCCAAAUGUAAUCACCUACAAUUCAAUGAUUCAUGGACUUUGCAGUUCAGAUUUGUGUGAGGAAGCCAGGGAAUUUUUCAAUGACAUGGUUGAUAGAGGAAUUUCGCCUGAUGUCAUCACUUAUAAUCAUCUAAUUUAUGCUUAUUUCAUUUCAUGCCAGUGGGAAAAAGCCUCUAAAUGUCUUUUAGAAAUGAUGGUUCAUAGAAUUUGCCCAAAUGUUACAACAUUCAACAUAUUGAUGGAUGCUCUUUGCAAAAAGGGGAAGGUUGGAGAAGCACAUGCAUUCUUUGUUCGAAUGACUUAUAUAGGUGAGAAGCCUGAUACUAUGUCAUAUAAUACAUUAAUGAAUGGAUAUUCUUUGGCAGGCCAGGUGGAUGAUGCCAUAAAAGUAUUUCACUCUAUGCUGGCUAAUGGUCCCGUGCCAGAUUUUGUUACCUACCAUGUGUUGAUUUCUGGGUAUUGCAAGACUAAGAGAAUAGAUGAGGCUUUGAGGUUCAUUCAGGAAAUGAACCACAAGGGGCUGAAGCCCACAACUAGUGUAUACAAUAUGUUACUAUAUGGACUUUGGGAAGCUGGCAAAGUUGAAGAUGCACAAAAUCUAUUCAAUGAAAUGGUGCCAGAUGUUGUAACCUAUAACACAAUGAUCAAUGGCCUUUGUAAGAGGGAACUGCUACUAGAGGCCACAAGAUUGUUUACAGAAAUGGAAGAAAAGGGGUGCCUGCCAAAUACAGUCACAUUUAAUACCAUGGUCCAUGGUUUUUGUCAAAACAAUGAGAUCCACAAUGCAAUGAAAUUUCUCCAGAAGAUGGCAGAAAGAGAUAUUCCACCUGAUACAUGUACUGUUUCUAUUAUAGUUGAUUUGCUGUCGAAGGUUGAAAAGCAUCGAGAAUUAAAGGAAUUACUUAAAUUUUUUCCAAAGCAUUAUGGAGAUGUUACUAGUGUUUCAUCAUUAAUUUCAUCUAUCAAGGGGCACUUAAUGUUCGGUGAAGAAUUUGGUACAGUAAAGCAAUCAUCAGAUAGAUCCAUUGAGUAAAAGCAAUUUGUAUUCAUAAUGAGAUAGAAGCUGAAAUUGAGAAGUUUCCUUGAAAUUGCCACAAUGAGCACCGUCCAAGUGAGCAUAUCACUUUCAAUUUUAUAGACAUGAUGGCUGAAAUUUGACGUGAGCAAGGGACCUUGGGGUCUACCAGUCCAACAAAUUUGGAUCCUGUCCAACAUGUCAUUUGGCAGAUAUUGUGGCCAACCAGAUAAACCUCUCUCCAGGGAUGUAUUGACAGUGACGAUUGUGAGCAUGCUACUUUAUUCAGGGUAAACUUGUGCAUGUUGGAUGGGUAAUUCUGAACAUGAGGAAUUACAUCCUAAAUCUUUCCAAAGCAUGAUGGAAAAGUUGAUGUCAUUAGUGCUUCAUCAUUGAGUUCAUCUAUAAAGGGCCGCUUAAUGUCUGGUGAAGAUUUUGGUAUGGUACAGCAAUCACUGAAAAGAUAUGUGAAAUUUGAUGGAAUCUGGGUUGAGAAGUUCCCUUCAAAGUUGCUGCAAUGAGCACUGUCCAAUGAGCAUGUCACUUAAAUUUUAUGGACAUGAUUCGUUGUAUUGACAAUGAUGCUUGUGGGGGCUCCUUUUAUUCAGAGUUGUCAAAGCUUCAGGUGACGACACAAGGCAUUGGUCGGGGGUAAAAAUGCUAAGGUGACACCAGCAAGGCGCCCAUCCCAAAAAAGGAGUCUGGAUGCCUAGGUGACGCUUUGACAGCUAUGGUAUUAUAAGUUGUAUUGACUCUGGGAGAGUUUGGAUCCAAAGGCCUUCUCUGUCGUGACAAUCACAUUGAAGUUCAGGUCUGGUUCCUUGACUACCACCAGAACUCGGAUUAGAUUGGUUCUACAAGGUGAGUUUGUUUUACUUGAUAGCAGGCUGGGUUUUGCUGCCUUGUUUGGUCAAAGGUUGAAGAAGAAAUUAAGUUAUUCUAUUUUCAUUGGGGCUCCUAAUUCUUGAUAUUAAGAUAAAGCCCCUGAGUCCAUAUAUUUAUUUCAGUUUAAAUCUAUCACCAAUGUUUAAAGUUUAAGAGAUGUAUCAUGUCGUAUUGAAGAUACGCAAGAUACGCUAAAGAUACAUAUUGAAAUGGUGAAAAAACAAAUGCAAAUGCUUAGGAUACAUGCAAAUACAAAUUCGAAGCAUGAAACACUAAAUAAUGUAAAAUAUAUUUUGUAUGAAAAGGAGAACAAAGCAUGACGAGCUAAGUGCAUUCAGUUGAUUAUGUAUAAAA